UGAACGUUGGAGAGCAAUGGCGGCGUGCCGGGGAUCUUCGUCGAAAUGGUUUUUCACCCGGGAGCAGCUCGAAAGCACGCCGUCCCGCCGAUGUGGAGUAGAACCCGACCGGGAGCUUUCCUAUCGACAACAAGCUGCGAAUCUGAUUCAAGAUAUGGGCCAACGACUCAACGUCUCUCAAUUAACAAUAAAUACCGCCAUUGUUUACAUGCAUAGAUUUUAUAUGCAACACUCUUUCACCAAAUUCCACAGGAAUAUAAUAUCUCCAACCACAUUAUUCUUGGCUGCAAAAGUGGAAGAACAACCUCGAAAACUCGAACAUGUGAUCAAAGUAGCACAUGCUUGCCUGAAUCCCCAAGAGCCACCUCUAGACACGAAAAGCAAUGCAUACCUCCAGCAAGCUCAAGAGCUGGUGAUACUUGAAUCCAUAGUGCUGCAGACCCUGGGCUUUGAAAUUACUAUUGAUCACCCACACACUGAUGUGGUGAAAUGUUCCCAGCUAGUGCGAGCAAGCAAGGAUCUGGCACAGACUUCCUAUUUCAUGGCUACCAACAGUCUACACCUCACUACCUUCUGUCUUCAGUACAAGCCCACCGUGAUUGCUUGUGUGUGCAUCCACUUGGCAUGUAAGUGGUCCAACUGGGAAAUCCCAGUUUCCACUGAUGGUAAACACUGGUGGGAGUACGUGGACAACUCUGUCACACUCGAGCUGCUAGAUGAGUUGACCCACGAGUUUCUCCAGAUUCUAGAAAAGACGCCGAGCCGAUUAAAACGGAUACGGAACUGGAGGGCAACACAAGCUGCUAAAAAGCCCAAGACUGAGAGUACCCAGUUGGCAGACGGCUCCUUUCCUGGGCCUUCCAUGCUUCAAGAUCAAGGUGAUACCCAGCUCCCUGGAGUCUCCUCAGCCAACCCAAGUUUUUCCAAAGCAGGCGCCAUCUUCACGGUAUCGAUGCCUGGCCAGUCAGGAGAAACGGCCUUGUCUUUGAACACUUUGGCUGGCACAUAUAAUCCAGCUAGCCACAGCGAGUGGCCCCAGGGUAACCAAAGCCAAGCGGGGUACCCCUCCUCAUGUAUAAAACAAGAACCCCUCAGCAUGUCUAUCCAAGAGCCCACACUGUCCUUGCAGACCUCCACCUCCUCUUUGCUUCAGCAUUCAUCGCUAUACAGGACUGAAAAAUCAGACUUCAACCCUGUCAAACAGGAACAAAAAGGAGUUGGUGGGAGCAGUGUGGGCAAACAUCAGCCACCAUCGCAGUCUGCAUACCCUCCACUAGCUCCUCCACCACAACGGUCUCCUGCUCAAAAGGUAUCUCUGGACAAAUAUAGAGAGAAACUCGCCUCAGAACUGGCUGUUUCCAGUCAGAAACGGAGUCAGGAACAGCAUGGAGGAGUUAUGGACUGUGAAUCAAGAGGGGACCUGUCGUCUUCCUCUUCUUCUACCUAUGCACCAUCCUCUAUGGGCCAAGUAGACCACAAAAAAUACUCACAGCCCCCACAAACAUCCCAUGGUGGUGGUGGGAGUUCUACUGCCUCCCCAAUCAAAAUGAAAGCCCCCUCCUCGGGGCAAGACAGACGACAUCACAGUGAAAAACGGGACAAAGGCUCGCUCAAACUUCGUCUGGCUGUUCCUGGUGGCAGCUCCCAGCUGGAGAAAAGUGGACAAGCAAGCAAAGAUGAGCUUAAGAUGAAGAUUAAGGUCUCAUCAUCUGAGCGUCACAGCUCUUCAGAUGAAGGCAUGGGGGCAAACAACAACAAGAGUAAACAUUCCAGCCCUCUAGUGAGCAAGGAGAAACAGCAUCGAGGAGCAGAUCACACCCUCCAUCGGCACCACAAGCACGGUCAUCCACACUCGCACAGUGGGAAUGGACGGGGAGGACUGGAGGGUCCAGGUGGCGGGGGUGGACUGCUGCGGGGUCCUCCAGGGCUUGUUGGCAUGGAAGGGACGACGCUUGCCCCUGGAUCCACCUCUUUACCUUCAUCCUCAUCACGAAGGAGGGCACACCCAGAUGCCAGCCACAACCACCACCCCUCCUCCUCAUUCGCCACUUCCUGCUCCAAAGUGAGCAAAAUCUCCAAGGGUGGCGCUGGUGCUGCAGGUGGGCUGCGGACCUCUCAGCAGUACCUGCCUCCUAGUGAAUCGCCACACGAAGUGGGAGAGCAGAGACACUGAGUCCACCACUCUUCAGCCAUGACCAGCACAUGGAAAUGGCAACAAACUACCCAGAGUUCUCUCUGAAGACUAUGCUCAACUCCCUGUUAAGUGCCCUAGAAAAAUAAUAACUCUAUGUGAUUAUAAACCCUUUACUGAACGGCAGAAAAUGUAUCUGCAAAAAAAGAAAACAGAAGAAAAAAAGUGUUGUUGGACUUCUCAAUUUCUGAGAAACAAGAAAGAUGAAAAAUUAUGCUUCCUGACUGUCAGAUCUCUGGGUUGUGAUGCUCAGUCCUGUCUUUUUGUUUAGUGUGUUGAAUUGCUGCUUGGUUCUCCUUCCUCCUCAAGUAAGUCUAGAAAUGUGCAACGGUGGGUUUGAUGGUUUCACCGUGGGUGGAGGUCCCUCCCUACAUUUCAAAUCUGCAUACCGGGAAAAAAGUAUUAAUACUACAAAAGGCAUGAAUGGUGCACUUUCUUCAUAGUCCUCAGUUUUUAACAAGUAAUUUAAUUGAUUCACAUUCUUAUGGUUGUACGGAGGACGCCAGUGGUCAGAUGGAGAUAAGUUUGAGUUGUUUGCUGGCAUUCCAUUUAGUACUGUUGAUGGAUGCAUUUUUUUUUUAGGUGUAAAGUUUCAUCUCCUAAAUUACUUUCUUGUGUUGAUUUCUUUUUAUACUUAAGUAAUGUGUGUAUGAUUUGCAUGUUUCAAUCAUCAAAGGGAUUUGAAAGGAGAUUGCGUACUUGCUGUUUACAGAAAGUUGAGAUAAAUGUGCAUACAUUUUUGUAUGUUUAAAAAGAUGCUAUACCAUGACUACUCAGGUUUUGAGCUGCUUGUAAGUAUAACAAGAUAACUAUAAUACCUAUAAAACCUUUAUUUUGUUGAUCAAAGGACUGGGCAUCAGUUGAAUGAUUGCAGCAUUCCAGUGAUUGUGCUUCUUACAGCCUUCCUGCAGAGGGUGCUGUAAUGUGCUUUUCCACUACAGGAAAUCAGUUGAUACCCUCAGUAACAUCGGCACAUCGAAUACCAACUAACCACAUCACAGCGAUGCAAUUUGUACCAAAAAAUUUUUUGGACCUCUAUGUAGACCUUAAGCUGGAUGCCAAAGGUUGUGCCUCUUGAAGAAGAAACAACACAAGAUAGCUGUAGUGUGUUAUUAAAGUUUACAUAACCCUUUUUACUUUGAAGUGUAUCACAAUUAAUGUCAUGACUUAAACCUGUAGCCAUUAGAUGAUGUCGGCCUGCAAGGAGGGCACUUAGAAGUAUCAAAUCAGUUGCAGGAAAUGUGUCAGUAAAAGCCCUUUUCACUGCUAUCAGAGCAGUGACUAACUGGUUUUAUGCAACCUGACCUGGUUGUAGUUGGAGACCUCAAAGUUCUGAAUUUUGUAAAUUGCUUGUAGGAUCUUUGACAGUGUCCUCGUACAAGGGUAUAAUUUGGAUUCACAAAUUUCUAUCUUUACAUCAGUUACCUACACGUAACCCUACACCUCGAUUCCUUGGUUAACUUAUUUAUUUUGGAGUGUAACAGAAACCGUGAGGACUAAAUCUGGAUUGAUUGUUCCCUAAUCAGAGAUUAACAGAGCAAACCCAGAUGUAGAAAACUGAGUAUGAAGCCCUUCUACAUUCUUCUUUCUUUUCAUUUCAAUAUUACAAAUAAACUUCAAAGUUGCCACUACCCAGACACAGUAUAACCCGUUUGUUGCUUUUAUUUUAUUGUUCAGAUCAUUUACAUUGGAGUCAAGUAAAGAUACUUGCAGACUUGUUUAAUUUCACCUAAUGGGACAUGCUUUUACAAUAGAUGAAGCUCAGUCACGAGUCUCUUAUGCAUUGGUGACACAUUCCUCAACAUCUCAUUUGUACAAAGCAAAGUACGUGAUAUG